UCCAUCAGCUGAUUGCUCAGAAACUUUCUGCAGAUUUGUUUAUUUCGCUUAAAAUGUAGUUUUUCCCGUUAUUCUUUUGAGAGUUACUCACAAGUAACACAAAAAUAUUCCGUCAGUAAGAGCGCAGCAAUAGAAACAGCGGAUUUUUUUACAGCUUGGCAAUGGAGUCAGCCUGCGAGGGCACGACAGCAUUGGCAGAUGAUUCCGGCCACUUUAGCUGCACCAGUGACGAGGGAGGUGGCGAUUCUUGCCAAAAGCCGGAGUCGGAACGGGAACAGUCUAUAUUCCUGGUGCGGCAAGAACUUCUUCGGUCGCGCAGUGAGGUGGAAAGGCUGCUGAAGUCGGAGCAGUGGUACAAGCAGGAGCUCAAGUCGCAGAAGCACAGCAGGCUGGAGACACUGGAACGAUUGUACGCCCAGGAGCGCAAAUAUCUAAUGGAGAACCAAAGGCUGCAGCAAGAAUCGAUGCGCCUACACACACGGUGUGCCUCUCUGGAGAAGCAGCAGGAGCAGGAAUCGCCAAAAUCCCCUAGCACAUCAGGAUUUAAGAGGGACUCUGAAUCUUCAGACUCGUCUUUUGAGUAUAAACAACAGGAGGCCCGUUUACGGGAUCAGCGUCAGUUGAUAGACGUGCUUCGUAAGCAAAAGAAGAUGCUUCUGGAUGACAUCCAGCGACUCAGCUUUGAUCACGACGAAAAACUAUCUCAGUUGCAGCAGACUUUGGCCGGCAUGGAGCUGGAGAGCAAGCAUAUGACAGGGAAAUGCAAGCAACUACUCGAACUUAAGAGCCAAAUGGAGCACCAACUAGAGCUAAAAGGCAAUGCCUUGCGUAGUGUCACCGCCGAGAGGGAGCAGCUCCGCCAGGUCAUCGCCGAGCUAAACGAGACGCUGCAAACCCAGGAAAAAUUGCUGGCGAUAAAGGAACAGGAGUUCCUUGAUUUGAAACAAUACUACCAGCAAAAGUUGACUAGGGAAAGUAGCAUAGAUGUCAUGCACUCCUAUAGUAUGAAGUUUCAUAAAGAGAUUAACAGCAAGACAAGUGAAAUUGCCAGCCUUAAGAAUUCUCUUAACGAGCUCCAGGCAGAGUUGAUGAUAAUGUCACAGUUAAAGGAACAAAGCGAGGAGCAGCAACGCCAGUUGGAGCAAUUGGAGUUUUCGCGGCAAGCUCAGCUUUUAGAGGAGGCCCAGCUUCGGCACAACGAUGCUCUCAAAUUGGAACAGGUGGAGCGUUUAACAAUUUCUUUGGCUUCCUUACAACUAGAGAAAGAAAGCCUGAAAGAAAAUUUAAAAGAAGCACAAACCACUCUUAAAAAACUGGAGCAAACGGUACGCACCCUAAAUGGGCAGUAUGCCGAAAUGUGUUCCAAGUGCGAAGAAACCCAGAUGCAGUUGGAACUAGAGAAAAUCGAGAUUGGCAAAUUAAAACAAGAGAGUUCCGUCAAGGAAACUGAGUUAACGCAAAAACUCCAAGCCUAUGCAGUUCAGUGCGAGCAGCUAGAGAAAGCAUUGUUCCAGGCCGAGUCCCAACUGGAUAUCCAAAGCAAAAAUGCUGAGAUCUGGCAAGAGCAGUUAAAAACGAUCGAAAGCUCAAGGCAACAAGAAAUAAAUACAUGCCAAGCGACUCAAACGGACUUUGAGGACCCGAUUCUAACCCAACGCAUAGAGUCUUUGGAGCUCCAAUUGGCAGACGUCAAGGCCCAGAAACUGCAAACAGUUUCCUUACUCCAAAAGCUGCUCCAGCAACAAGAUGCCAAAAUCAAGAGCACAAACAAAAUGGAAGCAGACUGGAUACAACUUCUAGGUGCACUGCAAGCCACUCAACAUUUGGAACUGGAGAUGCGGGCAGAGCUUCAACAGAAGACGAUUGAGUUGGAGCAAUUAAAUGAACUGUUUGCUGGUCAAAAUGAAGAACUUCAAAAGCUGCAAAAACUGAGCCUGGCAAAGGACGAGGAGAAUCGUCUAGAGUUACAGCUGCUAAAGGAAACAUUCCAAGAGAAUCUGGAUAUACACUCUGCUGAUUCUAUUAACUUACAAAGGCUACAAAGCCAGGUAAAAUCUUUGCUGGAAGAGCGAGAGAAAGCUAAUCGAGAGGAACGCAAGGCGGUCGACUGCUUGCGGUCUCUGGGUCAAGUUCUCGAAAUGGAAACGGGGAGAAGGCUGCCACACAUUAAAAGCUGGCCACAAUUAGCCAAACUUCUUCGAAAAGAACUGCGGAACGGGAGAGUUAAUAACCGAAAGGCUGAGGAGUUGCCUGGACUCAAAACAAAGCUGGCGGAGAUGAGCGGAAGGCAUGAGCAGGCCUUAAAAAAAAUUAAGUUUCUGGAACAAACGUUGGCAGCGGAGAGAUCGCGCUUUGAAGCCUCGGAUUCGGGAAAAUCGACGGCGAGCACCACGCCCCAAGAACCCGCCCAUGAGGUGGCUAAUCUGAUCGAUGAUUACAAGAAGCUUGUUCAACAAACCGCCAAUGAGACUCGUCGUCCAACCAACAGCUUCAUCCUGGAGCUGAUCGAGCGAAGCCAGCGAUGCCAACCGAAUUUGUGCCAAUUAACCGACGAUAUUUCAGCAUGUCGUUCAGAUAUGGACGAGCUAAACAUGCUACUUAUGGCUGGUCGGGAUCAAACAAGGGUGGAGGUCAUGCCAUCCCUUAUGGAGGAACUGCGAGCGGUAGCAGAGCACUCUUAGAAUGCCUAACUUAAUUUUCACAAAAAUUUUCGCAGUAAUUUCUGUUGAGUACUUAAUUUAUUUGUUUGUCUCGAAUUUAGUUUGUCAUUGAAAAGUGAAAAAAUUAAGUUUAUAUUUGUGUUAACCCUAGUCUCAUGGUGUUUAUCCUGUUGUAAAUUACUUAGAUCAAUUUACGAAUAUAUAAUAUAUUGUUUGUUUU